UGAGGUUUCCAGUCUAGGUAGGAAUCUUGCUCGUUUCCCAUCUUACACCACACCCAGCGUUGUAGGUCCCCUUUCGACUCUCCUGGCGUCAGAAUUGUACAGGAAUUACCAGUUUAUUCAGGGCACUACAUCGGACAAACGGGGCCAAUUCGGGAUCCCCGAUUUGCUAUAAUUUCUGGGGAACGCUACGGCUUGAGAAUAGCCUCUAGUUGUGGGUGCUAGGAGUGGAAAAUCGGCGUUUUUCUGCGCUGGUCACAAUCUCCACAGAGAGUAAAUUGCAGCCUGGCCGGCAACCCCCAUUCAACAUGGCUUGUUGUUUGAGCGAAGAAGCUAAAGAAGCCAAGAGAAUCAACCAAGAAAUUGAGAAACAGCUACGCAAAGAUAAACGCGAUGCGCGUCGAGAGCUCAAGCUACUUCUUCUUGGAACUGGGGAGAGUGGAAAAAGCACAUUCAUCAAACAGAUGAGGAUCAUCCACGGAUCGGGGUACUCGGAAGAAGACCGGAAAACAUUCACCAAACUGGUAUACCAGAACAUCUUCAUGGCAGCAAAUGCAAUGAUCAGAGCCAUGGAUACGUUGAAGAUUCCCUAUGGUGACCCUACGAAUGAGAAAAGGUCUGCAGAUAUUAGAUUAAUAGACCACGAGAAUGUAACACAGUUUGUAGAACCAAACGUAACGUACAUAGAAAGUAUAUGGAGCGAUUCUGGUAUACAGGAGUGCUACGACAGAAGGAGAGAAUACCAGCUCACUGAUUCAGCAAAAUACUACCUUUCCGAUUUAAGGCGAAUCGCUAAUGCAAACUACGUUCCCACAGAACAAGAUGUAUUGAGAGUAAGAGUGCCUACGACAGGCAUCAUCGAGUACCCAUUUGAUUUAGACUCCAUUAUUUUCAGAAUGGUUGAUGUAGGAGGUCAGAGGUCGGAGCGACGUAAGUGGAUUCACUGCUUUGAGAACGUCACAUCCAUCAUGUUCCUAGUCGCCUUAAGUGAAUAUGACCAAGUACUGGUAGAGUCCGAUAGCGAGAAUCGGAUGGAAGAGAGCAAAGCAUUGUUUAGGACAAUUAUCACAUAUCCCUGGUUCCAGAACUCGUCGGUCAUCUUGUUCCUCAACAAGAAAGACCUGCUGGAGGAAAAGAUCAUGCACUCACAUCUUGUAGAUUACUUCCCAGAGUUUGAUGGUCCCCAGCGUGAUGCUCAAGCAGCAAGGGAAUUCAUCCUGAAGAUGUUUGUGGAGCUGAACCCGGACAGCGAUAAGAUCAUCUAUUCCCAUUUUACCUGCGCCACGGACACGGAGAAUAUUCGCUUUGUGUUUGCGGCUGUCAAGGACACCAUUCUCCAGUUGAACCUCAAGGAGUACAAUCUGGUGUAGUGUUAGAGCGAGCGAGCGAGAGAGUGCGUGAUUUUUGUCCACCGGUCGACACAGUGUGGUGUGGGCUAUGGCCUCACCCAGUGGCCGGGGGGUUAUAGCCACGUAGCCUUUUGUUGUAUUUUCAAUCACGCUAGCCAUUUUUUCUACGACCGUUGUUAGUCUAACAACGUCAACCGAAUGGCUGUCAUAAAUGUGCAUAAGUACAGUCUUGCGUACAUGAACGGUGAAACACAAUAGGGCAACAUUUUCGUGCGGAUUUUAGAUUUUUUUUUCCAUGGACUUUUUUCUUGUUUUUAAAGUGAGGGAGUGAGAGAAAUCGUUACCAAAAGGAAACAUUUUGGGACCGUUUUAAGACUUUUUUUAAAACAACGUGCCGGCACGUUUUGGACUUUCUGGAAAAAGUUGUUCUGUAAAAGAAAAAAGUAAAAGCAACUGGCAUCAAGAAGAGCUGGUCUUAAUUGAUUUAUUCAACUGGAAGUUCAAGCGUGUGGAAAUUGUUGCUGAUUGUGUAGAAUUUUUUUUUCCUUUUUGGGAAAAAAAAUUGAUAAAAAUGCACCGGACACCACCAGCACGGGCCCAGUUUUUACUAUUCAUUUGGCUGGCCCUUGAAGCAUGUACGCAGUAGGUGCCGUGGAUACACUGGAAUGUUGUGCGUGGUGUCUUUAAUUUGGGACAUUUUGAGAGAAAAAUGAGGACGCCGGCAAGUUUUGCCACUGUCAUGAGCUGCAGCUUUGUCAUGGCUAGCUGUCUUGUUUGAUACCCUUGGAUUCAGUAGGCUGUGUUUUCUAUAACUAAAACAAAAAGAGAGAAAUAAAUCUGUACUUGAGUCCAAACACCAGACAGCUUGCUCAGUAACAUCAGACUUAAUGUCGAUAUUCCCGGAUGAUGUUUAUGAGCAUCAGUACAUAGGAGGUACUCAGUUUCAAAUGUUGGUUUUGUCCAAACAGAUGUUUAAUAUUUAAGUAAUUUUCUUUUAUAUAUAUAUAUAUUUAAAAACUGAAAAUAUUUUACUUCUGUGAUACUAGUUAAUCUUCUGGUUAAUGGCAAUUGGUUUUUUGUUUUUUUAGCAAGGUAUCAGCAGACGAGUUUUGUUACCAUUGAUACUGCCACAUGCAUCAAUUGGGCAAGUUGUGAGCUUUGAUGACCUUGACGGCCGAGGUUAGAUUUGGUAUGCGGUUUGACAUUUUGCAUGUCACGUUCCCUUGCCAGAACACUACAGAAAAGUACAUGUAGUUACUAAUGCUGUUAAUUGCAUAGCACUGUUUUAUUGUUAAGCUGGCAAAUUGAAAUUCGAGUUGUGUUUCGUUUGGCAACUCCACUGAAAGUUGGACUGAUGCAAUUUUUAGAGACAUUUGGAUUGGGAUCCUGGAAAAGAAAUGACAGAAUUAAUGUUAACUUCCUGCAGGACUUUAUGGCAGAUGAUAUGAAAACCAAAAAAGGAGGGGAAAAAAAAGCAAAUGAAACCAAAUCACAUGGGCACCGGUGAAAAAUUCAAGUAUUUCAUGAAGAGUUUUUAAGAGAAAUUGGGUUUGACCCAACCAUUAGUGUCUUAAUAGCUAAAGAAAAAAGGCAACCGGAAAAAAACCCAACCAAAUAACACAAUGUCAAUUAAGAGGAAUUAAAAAAGUCUUAGUUUCUUUGCAUAACAACACCCUGUUAGAACACCUUGUCUCAUGGGGGUUGGAUGGGUGGGAUGGGAUUGAGGGUAGAAUCCUGGGUAGUCUUGUAUUGUCUCUAGGACUCGAGUAGAUUUUUUAGUGGUGCUAGAUUCCACGAAUUGGUGGUCUGUGUUGAGUCAUAUAAAGUAAUUGUGUUGGCGUAACAUUCAGUGAGAGAGACAAACCUUUUAGGCACUGUGUACGCCUUGUCAACUUUUGUUAACCUAUUGUUUUCUCACGAUCUCAGUGUUGAUAUUAAAAAAACUGCUAAUAUUAAUACAUUUUAAAAAAUGAUGGUGAUUAUCAUGACAACGAUGGCCACCCUGAAAGGUUGUCCUUUUUUUUUUUUUUUAAAUCUUCUUGAUAGUGUCCUUGCUUGUGGGGUAGUCAUUUUAGGAGAUUCGUUAAUGUUUAACACCUUUUAAGGUUUAAGCAGUUUGGCUUGAAUGUGUCAACUCCCUCUCCCUUUUUUCGGGUGGGCAAUUUUUAUGGAAAGAAUGUAAUUUUUUGACAAUGAAAUGCACAAAUGCCUACUCAUUUAAACUUGCUAUUACCAGCAUAUUUAUUAAUUUCAUUUGAGUGUUUUUUUCUUUCUUUCUUUGGUUAUUAAUGGUACUAUGAAGUCAUCCCUUGCCGCAACAUCACAAACGUGAAUUUCCUCUCCCGUCCCCCUCCAAAGAAAAAGACACAGUCAUUCAGUAAAUUUGAAGACAAAGGUUGAACAUCAGACAAGGCUGCCUCUGUUGUAUUGACAAUAAUAGUGAUUAAAAGAAAUCCAAUAUCUGGCUACGGUUCAUUAUGGAAGACACUUGUUGUAUAGAUCUGUAUUUGGGAUAAACACUUGGAAACGACGUGUAGGUUAUUGGUGCCGUAACCAAUGUAGUCUUAAGGUGUAACAGGUUGGGUGGACGUUAACUCUCCCAGGCUGCUCUGAAGGAUGUUCAUUGUAUUCAUUUGUUUGAAAAAAAGUGCUGGCAGGUUUUGAAUUUUAUGAAAAAAAGUUUAAAAAUAAAAAACCUUUAAAGGGACCAAACCAAAAAAAAGUUUAAAAAUUAUUUAAAAAAAAAACAAUUGCCAAUUUUGAUGGCAGGUAUGCACACAUUGAUGAAUUGAAAAACCUUGCAACUGUGUAUAAGUAAAAUAUAAUCCAUCAGACAACAACGUUAUGAAAACUGCCCUUCAUUAUUUCUCUCCUAAACACAUCACUAGAUUUAGAACUCAAUAAACAGGCCUUUUUGAAUUGGUCCGAGCAUAUAUUACUGUACAGUUGGUGUAUAACGUAAGAUUAGUAGUUCAUAAGGAUUAAACAAAUUGAAAAAGAAAAAAAAAAAGAAGAAAAAAAAAAAGAAAAAGUGGUUUAAUUAGAGUUGCACUGCUGUCUGCCUGGCCUGACAUCUGAGUUGAGGCUCUGGUUUCGUUUCUUGUAUUGUGUGUUGCUAUUUAUAAGACUUCAUAUGUAUAUAAAUAAAUAUGAACCCAUAUGUAUUUAUAUAUGUAUUAACAUUCGGCACCGCGGGAUGUGAAUGUGUAAUUAUCUAUGCCUUGAACUAUUUCACUGUUUUUAGUCCAAGACAAGUUUUGUUGUGUACAUUGUACACCGAGACAUGUCCACCAACAAGUUUUUUAACAUGUAUGUGUGGAGUAACUUUAAGGGUCAUAGGUCACAUCCCUGAGCUGGAUGUGAAUUAGGUGAAACAAUGAUUCCCAAGAAUUAACCAAUACUUAAAAAGAAAACCACCAGUACUAUGCAUUCCCCGUUUGAAUGAUAUGUGACAUAGGAUUGAUUGUUGGGAGUUUGUUGGCAAGGGAGGGAAGAGCAUAUAGGCAUAUAGUUUAACUUUUAAAAAAGCAAGCCUUUUUGUUUCUUUCUUUUUUUUUCCCUUAAUUUUUUGUUUGUUGGAUACAUGUCAGAAGCAGAGUAGAUACCAGUGUCUAUAGCACAUGUACUGAUAUCCUGAAAGCUCCAAGACCCAUUUGGGUUCAGUGAGUUUUUAUGGACUGCUCAAACAUCUUACAUUGAUAAGUCUGGCACACUCCGAACCUGAUGCCGUGAAAUGGCCUAUGCUCAAAACCGAUCUCAGAACAAGCGUUGAGGAACGGUUAAAGAAUAGUCUCUUUGCUCUGCACUGCUGAGUAUGCAUCCUUUGGAAGAUUGAAAAAUGAACUCGGAUAUUGGGGGUUGAUUUAAAGUGGCACUCUGAUCAGUGCCAAUGCAAGUGGCUUGCUGUGGGCUCUAAUGUGGUGUGGUAUCACUGUUGUAAUGUGGUGUGAGGGUAUCUGGCAAGGGCACAGAUGGAACCAGUUUGAACCAGUCUCGACUUGAUCACAGCCAGAUGGAUUGAACCAGUUUGAACCAGUCUGGACUUGAUCACAACCAGAUGGAUUGAACCAGUUUGAACCCGUCUAGACUUGAUCACAACCAGUUGGAUCAGGUCCAUGUGGAUUUUUUUUUAGUAUGGUACCUAUUCCGUGCACAUGAAAAUCUUGCUUGUUGAGUUGGAUGACCACACACCUUACUGCUGGCUGCAAAAAUUAACUUCUAGUAACUUUCCAUCUUUAUUUCAAGAGAACUUGUCUUGGUUGACUGUUUGGCAGUUCUACUGCUCUCCACUUUUUGCCGUGGGUUACUUGUAAGUGUAAGAAUUUCCAAUAAGAAACAAAACCAGAAUCUGUAAAAAUUUGUGAAUUUGCGGGAAUUUUUGUUCUCCAAGUCAGUCAGUGCCAGCUUGACUGCUGAGGAAAUUUCUGUUCUCUCUCGCUCUCAUCGAGUAAUCCAGGAGUCCAUAUUCUACCAUUUUCGAGCUCAUCACGUCCAACAUACAACCCAUUCUUGCUAAGCCAGAUUUCUCUAGGACACUUUUUGGUUUUGUUUUUCCUCCCUACUAAUCACAUGAAUCUAUAAGUUAAGCAGCUGUGCAGAUCUCUUUUUAAAAAGUACAGUAAGGGGGGAAUUGUGGGAGUAACGUAAGAUUUUACAUUGUAUAUGUAUAUAUUCAUAGAUGGUGGUAGGCGUUUAUUAUCACGUCGAAACACAAACACUGUUUGAUUACGCGUUCUCCACCUUGACUUUUUUGGCGGCAAGGUUAAUGUGGGGGGGUGUACUAUUAACAAAUGUGAAUGUUAGAACGUAUCGCAGAAGUUGUACUGUAGGAUUUGUCAAAAAAAAAAAGAAACAUUAAAUAUACGCUGCCUGCUGUUGUCAGAGAUAUUAACAAUUAUUGAUAUUUUUAUUUUGUUUUUUGCAUGUCAAUUUUACUGGUUCAAGCAUAGUACAGUUGGAGGUAGCUGUGAUAACGGUUGUUUUCAGAACAGUGUUUUUUUUUUCUUGUGGAAGUAAAAGGUACGAGUUUUGCAGAUCUUGAAGGUAUAUAGGUUAAUUGUUCAAGAGCACAUGCAGAGUUCAUACAGUACACAUCUUGAUAAUUCAUGUACUUUAACAAAAAAAAAUUGUGAAAAUGGGUGUGAAGGAUGCUUGUAUAACUGUGGGGGAUGUUUCUUGCCAAAUUUCUUUGGGAGGGGAGGGGGAAGUGGAUACUUGGCAAAAGAAGAUAACUUGACUUUUUUCAGUAUCUUUGUUUUCUUUUUAGAUAAGUAUGAAAUGAGUAAUCUUGUCAGAUCUUAACUUGGUCUUCAUGUACCUUUUUAAGUUAACAUUUGUACUGUUGUACCUGGUAAGUAAUUCUAGUCUGUGUAAAAGUGUGUGAUUGGAUGAAUCUUUUGAAGAAAAAAAGGUGUUGACAAUGUACUGUUUUAAAUGCGUCUGGUCAGUUAAACCAUGCCUUGGCUUAUUUGAA